UCACUUGUCGUUGCUCCCCCCCAAGUUGAAAAGACCCUGUAAGGGCCCGAGGCCCUUCGGUGAUGCUUGCUGUGAUUCCGCUUUGCUCGACUUGGUCUCUGCCUGCGCCGCCUGCGGCAGCGAGAGACACAUGCAGCGAAUGAAUGCAGCUCUCCCUUAGCCUCUCACAAGGUAGUGAGUGCUGUGUGUUACAUACCUUCAUCCUUUCUCUGAUGACCCAGCCCUCUCGGUCAUUCAGGUACUCGUCAACCUGACACAUCCAGAGACAUCGACGGAUCGAUGUGCCGUUUUAAUACCUUUUUAUCUUCCAAUGCACCCCACCUCACCUCCUUUUCAGCCUCUUCCCUCGACUUGCCGCUCCUCCUCAUGUAGGCCUCGAUCAUGUUCUCACGCUUGUUCUGAACGUCCGACACCUGCAGGCAGGCAGGCACGCACGCACAUGUCCACACACACACACGAGAAUCCAUCUUCGAUAUGUGUCCGUAUUUGAAUACGUACUGUCUUUUGGAAGCCGUCGACGAGCUUGUUGAGGCCGUCGAACAUGUGCAGUUGGGACGUUGGAGAUCGUUGCGCUGCCGACUGAUGGUGGAUGGGCGAUCUGACCGAGCAACACAAAACGACAGGCGAAAGGGCGCAUGUUCGUGUGUGUGCACACACCGCAACCUUCACAGUUAUACACACAUCACAUCAAAAGGUCAGAAUCUGCACGCAUCCACGCAUACAGCGCAUGCGUCCUCACGGCAUACAUGAGAGAGAAAUCGACAUAAGACACAUCACGCUGACCACAGGUAUCACCCUUGUCUCACUACACAGUCACAGUGGCCGCUUCGCUCGCCACAGCUGCUCUCUCUUGACUCUUGCCCUCCCCGUGCCCGCCUAUGAGGUCAGCCAGCACCCGCCCCACGCCCCUCACAGCCGCAUCCAUGAUGCGCACCCCGUCCUCCGGACAGCACAGCUGCGGAUGGCUGAACAUCCUGCCGUCAGGAAAUCGCGCGCGGAAGUCCACAGGGUCCAUGACAGACAGCGACGACUGGGCGUCGACUUUCCUCUUGGUCCAGCCACCCAUCUUCCUCGCCUUGGCAAUGGCCUCGUCGCUGAGCGUCCUGUUCCGCUUGAUGGACUGGGGGUACAGAUGCUGGGUGAGGGAGAUCUCGUCACAUGUGGCGUGCUGCCCAUUCUUGUUGCCAUAGAGCGCCCCAGCCUCUUGCUGCGCCUCGCUGGUGGCGAACCAGUUGGUCAGCUUGACGCGGAAGGGCGUGUCGGGAUCUCGUGGGACUAGGGGGGUCAGCAGGGGGUGGUCGUCGAUGGCGUGAGAACUGUUGGGCAGCAUCUUCAUGUGCAAGGGCGAGCACAGCCAGUGGGGGGCGCUGUGGUUGUCGUUGCUGGGGAUGAUGGUGGCCACAUCCGCCUCGUGGAGCGUCUUCAUGGCGAGUGAAAUCGGAACAAUGUUACCUCCAUGGCCUGCAGCAAUGCAUAGAUGGAAGACACAGUGCAAGACCACGCGCGUGUGCGUGCGCAUAGCUCACCGUUGACGAUGAGGACGUUGCGGACACCAGCAUUCCUCAGUGAGAGGAGGACGUCUUGCAGCACAUAGAUCAAGACUGACGGCCGCAGAGUGAUGGUGCCGGGGAAGCCACUGUGAUGGAUGGCGUUGCCAUAAGAGACAGUCGGAGCAACAAGUGCACCCAUCUCACGAGCCGCUGCGCGGCCAACUGCCUGUAGGUAUUCACACAGACACACAGAAGCAAAAUUUGUCUGCCUUGUGUAGCGGUCACACAGACACACCUCGCUGACCUCAGCAGUGAUGGCAUCAGUGCCGAUCAGCCCAGAGGGCCCGUGCUGCUCCGUAGACCCCACAGGCAGCACGACAGUCAUGCCCUCUUGGUCUCGUAUCUCUUCCCACGUCCUAUGUGACCACUCGUGGUCCAGAUAAGAGUCGUCACGCGGUGGAUGGGGGGCUCUUCUCGGCGGCUGCUUGGCAGGGGCGGAAGUGGCGGCUGCAUUACUCUGGGCGAAGGCGGGCUGGCGUGGCGGGCGACCCAUUCUAUGCAGCCAGGCACGGUGGCCAUGUUAGUACGGUACCAACGAAGGAAGAGUGCAGCAGUCCAGCAAGUCCACACACACGCCCAGCACACACAGCCAUGCAAAUGUGUCGUGUUGUGCAUACAUACCUGUAAGGGGCGUUGAUGAAUGACAGCGCUGCAUCUGAUGUCCUCGGCAGCGGGAUGCCCUGGAAUCACGCACAGCAGACAGACAUCGCCAGAUCUGCGGUGUCAAUGCGCUGAUCUUACUGAUGCGACAACGAUGGUGAAGCUGACACAGGCCAGCAGCGCAUUGAGAGCUCGGCGCUUCAU